UUGACGUUUCGACAUGGUGAGCUGCGCCACGUGCUCCAAGGCGGUGUACUACAACGACCCACAAGUCUAUGGCAAGUCGGCGCACCUAUAUCACAAGAGCUGCUUCAAGUGCACUGAGUGCGCAUGCCAGCUGACUCUAAAUACGUUUGCGUACCAUGGCGACGUCCUGCUUUGCAAGACGCACUACAUGUCGUUCUUCCGAACGACCAACUCGUACGGCGGCGAAGACAAGUUCAAGAAACAAAAAGACGAUGUUGUGUCCGCAACUGUCGUCAAGGAAAUUGCGGCGGCAGCAGCAGCGGCGGCGCCUGCCCCUGCCCCCCUUGCCCCCCUCGACAUCACCCCAUACGACGUCAACGAAAAGCCAACCAAAGUGUCUCCGCUGCGCGACUCGUUGUCGUCCAACCCAUUUUUGCGCAGCGACUCGAACCGUGGCAUCCGAUCAAGCUCGGACGCACCGGCAUUAGACCAAACCAAGCGCAUCAGCCCGAACAACGGCGCGAGCAAAGUGAAGCGCGUGUUUGGAGGUAGCCCCAAGUGUACGCUGUGUGCCAAGAGUGUGUAUGCAAAUGACCUCAAGACGCAGUUGGAAGGCAAGAUCUUCCAUCAAGAGUGCUUCAAGUGUGCCAACUGCUCGACGCAGCUCAACCUGAACAACUUUACCUUUGCCGGCGACCAGCUCCUGUGCAAAGUGCACUACAUGCAGUCGUUCCACAAGAAUAACGGGUACGCUGGAGGAGAGCAAUUCACGAAGAAAUAGAUGUAACUUUCAAGUUUAUGUAUCACUGUCUGUGCAUGGAUGCAUCGACAUAACCGCGA